CGUUGAAUGUUGGAAGUUUAACAAAGAAAUAUCCAUCAAUUUAAUGAGGAGGUCGUGUCCAAUACUGUCCAGACGCCGGUAAUACUCCCAGCCCAUUUGUUUAACAGAUCCACUCAGUCUGAUGUCUUCUGUUUGACACCAAAGAGGAAGCGAUGCAUAGAAAAGUUCCUGGAUUAACGCAGAAUUAGCACAAAGCAGAGACGCCACCUCAGCCCAACACUGCAAACUGACUGAGCUUGCGGAGAGAGGAAACGAUUGAGGAAGAAGCUGUGUGCGCCAGAAACAGAGACACAUACCCCAGCAGCUUAGGACAAGUCCCAGAGAGCACGGAGACAGGCCAGGACGGGCAUCCUUCCUGAGAGGGGACCCACGCCGAAGAGAGCUUGUGAAGCAUGGCGGAAAAACAGUUUUCUAAUAUAUUGAAUGGAGCAGUUCCAGGAGAGCCAGUAAAGAGAGAUGAAAACUCCAGGAGAGGAAACUGGGGCAACCAGAUUGAGUUUGUCCUGACAAGUGUAGGCUAUGCAGUGGGGCUGGGAAACGUCUGGAGGUUCCCUUACCUCUGCUACAGAAAUGGAGGAGGUGCCUUCAUGUUCCCAUACUUCAUCAUGCUGGUGUUUUGUGGCAUCCCUCUAUUCUUCCUGGAGCUCUCCUUUGGCCAGUUCACCUCUCUCGGGUGCCUGGGUGUCUGGAAGGUCAGCCCUAUGUUUAAAGGUGUGGGCUAUGGAAUGAUGGUAGUCUCCACCUACAUUGGGAUCUACUACAAUGUGGUGAUCUGCAUUGCAUUUUAUUAUUUCUUCAUGUCCAUGACAAAUCUGCUGCCCUGGACGUACUGUAACAACCCCUGGAACACCCCUGACUGCAGUGGGGUGGUGAGCACUCAUCGUGCCAAUGCCACUUUCGCCAACAUGUCUGCUGUUGUGUCCGGGGUAACUGAGAUAGUCAACCGCACCAAGAGGACCAGUCCCAGUGAAGAGUACUGGAGGAACUAUGUGCUUAAUAUCUCUGACGGCAUUGGGAAUUUUGGUGAGGUGCGUCUGCCUAUCCUGGGUUGUCUGGCUGUGUCAUGGUUUGUCGUGUUCCUCUGUCUUAUUCGGGGAGUCAAGUCAUCAGGCAAGGUGGUGUAUUUCACGGCGACUUUCCCGUAUGUGGUGCUGACGAUUCUCUUCAUCAGAGGAAUCACUCUGGACGGAGCCAUCAGUGGUAUAAAAUACUACUUGACCCCUCAGUGGCAGAAGAUUCUAGACGCAAAGGUGUGGGGGGACGCUGCCUCUCAGAUUUUCUAUUCACUGGGGUGUGCCUGGGGUGGCCUUAUCACCAUGGCAUCAUAUAACAAGUUCCACAAUAACUGUUUCAGGGACAGUAUUAUCAUCAGUGUAACCAACUGUGGCACCAGUGUGUACGCUGGCUUCGUUAUUUUCUCAAUCCUGGGAUUCAUGGCUCAUCAUUUGGGGGUGGACGUAUCAGAAGUGGCUGAUCAUGGUCCAGGGCUGGCAUUUGUGGCCUACCCAGAAGCCCUGACACUGCUGCCCAUUUCACCACUCUGGUCUCUGCUCUUCUUCUUCAUGCUCAUCCUAUUGGGUUUGGGCACUCAGUUCUGCCUGUUGGAGACUCUGGUGACGGCUGUAGUAGAUGAGAUUGGAACUGACUGGAUUAUCAAAAAUAAGACUUAUGUCACACUGGGAGUUGCUAUAAUAGGUUUCCUUCUUGGAGUGCCACUAACUACACAGGCGGGAAUUUACUGGUUGCUGCUCAUGGACAACUACGCUGCCAGUUUCUCUCUGGUCAUCAUCUCUUGCAUUAUGUGCAUCUGUAUAAUGUAUGUCUAUGGUCACAAGAACUACUUUAAAGAUGUGGAGAUGAUGCUGGGCUUCCCUCCUCCAAUCUUCUUCAGGAUCUGCUGGAGAUAUGUGUCUCCUUUCAUCAUUACUUUCAUUCUGAUAUUUACAGUGAUACAGUAUAAGCCCAUUACCUACAAUGACUAUGUCUACCCUGGUUGGUCAUUGGUCAUUGGGUUUGCCAUGGCUUUGUCUUCUGUUAUCUGUAUACCUAUAUAUGCUCUGUUCAAGAUUGCCAUGUCUGAAGGAUCCACCUUUUUGGAGCGUUUGAAGAACUCUGUGAAACCCGACCCGGACUGGGGCCCGGCUCUCCAGGAGCACCGCAAGGGUCGAUACGCCACGGCAGGCCCCGAGUCAGUAGAGGUGUCUCCUCUCAAAGAAGAUCUGAAGGACGAGGGCAAAGACAAACUCACGGAGAAGGAGAAAGAGACAGAGAAAAAGGACGAGAUUGGUCUGACCAUCCCAGGAAGCAACGGCUCGACAUUGAACCCCACACCCAGCGCAUAGAGGACCCCUGCCCACCCUCCCCAGGACGGUUCCCAUUCCCACACUGCGGGACAGGAGACCUUUACAUAUUGUAAGGGCUUUAUGAAAUCUAACCUCUAGAGAAAUCGGUUGCCAUUCAAAACCUAUUUCUUUUUUUUUGUUCUUCACAUAAUUUAAUACAGCCGUUUGUUUGAAACAAAAGACAUGUUCAUAUCCAGGAGGUGUUUGCAUACACGCAUUGUGUAUAUAGCGCAUUGUACAAUAUUUUCACUCUGUGUUGAGUAGUCUGGAGAUGUGACUGUAGCGGCAGCAGGAGCUACAGUGAGAUUUGGCUUGUGUGUGAGAGUGAGUGUGUGUGUGCGUGUGGUGGCGGCAGUGCUGGUCAGGUUUAAAAGCUGAAGACCAAAUAUUCUUUGCGGCAAUGUUGCAAUGGCACUGUUAAGGGAAGUCUGAAUCAGUUCCCAUUUCUGUUUAUGUUCUCAUCGUCCUCAUUUCAUUCACAAGCCAAUAUGAGUUGUCAUUGGCAUAUAUGAUUUGAAUGCACCAUAUUAACUCAGAAGAUGUCUACUGUCCAUUGACUAGACUACUCAUACAUGUUGGAGAUACACACACAAAAAACAACAGGCCAACAGAAUAUCAACUCUUAUUUCCCUUGAAGUGAGGGCACAUCUGCAAAAAACAACAAAGGAUAUUUGGUCUUUAGCUCUUACUGACUGAGGUAUCUGGACCGAGGCAUAUAACUUCUCAAGCCCAUUCUCAGGGUCACACACAAUUUGCUUUUAUAUAUGCGAAUCGUUUUCCAACACCUUGAGAUGAGUUAUUGCUGAUGUUGAGCGUUAGACACGAAGGCGAGGGGUUUUCAUGUAGGAACUUCCACGUGAAAUGCCAAAUCUGUCUAGUCUUCCUGGCAAUGUGGAGCCGAGGGGAGCAUGUGUGCGAUAACUAAAGCAACUAGUUUUCAUUAGACGCAGUACUGUAGUAUGCACACUAACCCCGCUCUUCACAGAAAAAGAGGCAUGUUACCAAAAACAUGUGCACAGACCUUUGUAUCCUGAUGAUUUUAGUUGGUUUGUUUGUGUUUGUGUGUACAGUUUUUUUGUCGUCUACGUGCGUUGCGAGACUUGAAAUGGUGUGUGUGUGUGUCAUUUAAAGGCAUCUGGCUGUGCUGAGCCAAGCGGUCGCGCGAUUGAACACUGAAUUAUGGAUAAGUUGGCGUGUAGAACGACUGGAGGAAAACGUAGCAUCGGUUAAAAUCAUGAGCUAGUUAGCUUUUGUGAGUAACAGUUGGCAAUGUUAAACUGUGAUUGUUACAGCUGAAACCACAGCAUAUUAGGUGUGUUUUGUUUUGGUUUUAUAGCUAAUAAGGAAGGGACAUACUGGUAUCGAGAGUUUGGUCAUAUUUUUGGUAUGGCUAGAUGCCGCAUAUCAUAUCAUUCCAGUGAUUUUUCAAUAGGGCCCCUACUUACGAUGCAUAACGGUUGCAGUGGCACAUAUACAUGGAUAUAGAGUCCUGGUUACACUGUGAAUUGUCUGGGAAGUUGCCUGACAUCUUUUAACAGGGAAGUCUGACAACAUAGCUGCUAAUAUGCUGAUGCACCAUGUAGAGACUUCUGAAUAAACAGUAAAUCGCUGUAUAUAGUCAAAGUAGUUAUUACUCUCCUGCCUUGUGCGAGGAGAAAUGCAAUACAUAUGACAUGCUCUGUUAUUUUGAGUCUAAACGGGACACAUACAAGCAAAAAAUAAUAAUAUUCAGCUUUUAAAUUAGCUGUAUUGUGUUAUGAAGCUCAAGCAAAUAUUUUGACUCUCUUUAAUGUGGCUUUCACUACAGGGCUGUUGAAUGCUUGAUUCUUAUUGGUUAAUCAGUGUUCACCGUAUAUGUGUGCAGAUAUUUGUGAGGAGACACACAGAUUAAUUAGUUCCAGGCAGGUUUUGACCGCAUUGUAGUUUCAGAUCACUUCAACAAAUUUUGUUAAACAACAAAACUUAAACCAGUAAAGAGACAGAUCAAAUUAGUUUUUCUCACAAAACUGCACAGCAAGAUUUUUUUUUUUUUUAUUAAAUGUCUAAUAGACAUUCAAAAGUAGAUGGUGUGACAUUUAAUAGACGUCUAACAAACCACAAGCCAUCUUUCUUUUGCAGUCCAGGAAUCUAAACUUAUGACUCGGUUAAUUGGCGCAGUUAGUGUAAGACUGAUCAAUCAACAAAUCUUUUGUACAUAUCGAUACUUAGUGCUAGAGUAUCGAUAAUGUUUCGCAGCCGGAAAUAUCCUGAUAAAUCGAUAUUUUAUUUUUUUUAUUCUCCUAUUGUAAAGUCAUGAAGUUUAUAACCUUCUGUUGCUGAUCCAUCUUGCAGUGUAAACUGCACCAACAGAAUGCUACCCCAGAUAGUCAAGCAAUGUGAACACAUCUGUGAUGUGACUACUUUGAAAAUCAUGCAGUCUGGACGCAGAUCAAUCAAAAUCAAGCGUUCAUCUGCUUCGAAUGUUAUCACUCGAUUAAAUGGCCAUUAUCAGUGGUUAUCAGCUGAUAAAUAUGGGUCAUUAGGCUACAUACUAGUAGCCCACAGAUCUCCAGGUCUGUGUUUACAUUACUGUUACGGUUGGGGUAGGGGUUGACGUUAAUAAAAUACAAAUAAUGGGAAAUUUAAUUAAUUAUUUUAAUAUUUCUUAUCAAUUUCCAGCCUCAGCCGUAUGUGAUCUAUAGGUGAUUAACCAUGUUGAUGGAUGAUAACAGCCUUCUGAGCCUACCAGUAGGCACAGAAGGCCCCUACUAGCCCAUAUCUAUCAGCUGAUAACCACUGAUAAUGCAUUCAAUCGAGUGAUAACAUUUGAAUCGACAGCAUCAGCCCAGUAGUAUACAUUUUAAUGAACAUAUUAUUUAUGUCUUAAUAAAAGUAUGCUUAGAAAAAAAAAAACUAUUUUUUAAUGUAUUUUUUUGAAAUAGUUGUUUGUUGCAUAAAAAUCAAGAUGUGUUUGACGACUCAAAAUGCUGGAGCAGGUCACAGAUAAAGUCAGUAUUCAAAAUGCCUGAUGGCAUAAUAGUCAUUGUUUUUUGUACACUUUAUUAAUCUCUGCAUGAAGGUAUGUAUAUAUAAAUAUUUUCAAGAUUUUAUCCAAAAAUAUACAAAACACAAUCUAACUUUAGAAAGUAGCAAAAAAACAAAUAAAUAACAAGACAAAAAAAAAAAAAGAGAGACCCAACAAUAUUAAAAGUAACCCUGCUGCCUAACCAGAGAUAUCGGACACUCAGGGGAGUAGAUAGAGGUUCAGAGGUCAUAGUUCAAGCUCACAAACACUAGCUUUUCCUCUGUUAGACGCAGUAGAUUAGAGCAGCAGAGAGACUAACAGCACUUUUAUUUGCUAGUUCAGUUUAGCUAGCAAAAGUAUGAUUAAUCGCUGUCACAAAAAUGAAUGCACAAGAUUGAAACCCUCUCUCAUUUGUUCGAUGUGUGGUCCUUAGACCUUGAACGUGGCAUGAAGACCGUGUGUCUGUUUUUAGGAACUGCGUUGUGAACAGACCUUGACAUACAAACUCUUUGUAAUAGUAGACAUAUGUUCUGCAUCAGUGCCAUUCUAGCACUGCUCCCCAACUCUUGCUCUCUCUCUAUCCCGUUUUAUCUCUCGCUCUCUCUUUCUCCACUGUACAGUAAUGUAAAAAAAAGAGACAAAAACUCAACAGAUGUGUUUUUUGUGUGCGUGUGUGUGUGUGUGUUUUCUGUUUUUAUCAGGGUGGGUUGCUCUAGCGGGGUUUAUUUUUUAGUUGUUUUUACUUGAUUUCUUAUUGUAACGUAGCUAAUGUCAUGUGUACAGUUUCCUGUGUAGUGAACGUUCAACUGCUGAAUCAAACCUAGUAGUCACAAUUGAUGUCAUGUAAUUUUAAUCAGUAUGUAAUUAUCCGUUUUGCCAUUUAACAAGCAGAAUCUACCUUUGUAAGAGAUUUGUUCCUUUUUAUUUUUAUAGUACUAAAACUGUAUUUUAUCACCAGUUGUAAUCAUUUAGCAAUGUUCAGUGACACUACAGUUUUUUUGUUUUGUUUUUCCCUCUAAACCUCCUCAAGCCAGCUGAUCUCAAAUGCAUUGCCAAACAAAGGCUUUGGACUGAAACUUGAAAACACAGGAAUGCUUUUUACUGGAUUGUCUGGGUAAAUUGUUUGCUGAUGAGGAAGGACGAAGUCUAAAGCCAACAAUCUUCAUCUCAGUAUUGUAAACGCGUGUAUUUAUAGCACCGCAAAACCCUUUAAGAACGUUUCUGUGGAUUUUAGUCAGCCGUGAUCCAGUUUCAUGUUAUUCAGCACAACUGACAAAGCACAUGGGGGGAAUGUUUUAACACAUAAGCCGAUCUUUUAUUUAUAAAAUGCCCCUGAAAUAAAAUAAAAAACUCAAUUAAAAGGGUCAUAUUAUGAUUUUCGGUUAACUUUAACUUGGAAAAACAUCUGCAAAGUUACAAAGAACAGAAUCCACUUCAGAGUUUCCAGCAGACACUUUGAUGCCAAAAGCAAAUCAAAUUGACAUUGAUGUCAGACCAAAAUCAUCAUGAACACACUGUAAAAACCCAGUAAGUGAAGGUAACUAGAACUAUUUGAGCAAACUGAUUACAACAAACCAUUUAAGUUUAAAAACUAAUCCUAAUGAGCACUGUGAACUUAAUUCAUUUGAGUAAACGAAGCAAUUUGAGCACAGCAAAACCCAAUAAAUGAAGAGAACUCAAACCAACUGAGUACUGUAAAACCCACUAAGUUAAGCUAAACCGUUUGAGGAAAGCGAUUGAUACAAAUUAAAUGAGUUAAAAAAUCUCUAUGAGUACUGUGAACUUACUCCAUUUAAGUUAAAGUAAUGAGGAAUUUAAUUAACUCAUUACCUUCAACACUGAGUGUAAAACUCUUUUCAAAUGAGUAGAAUUACCUUUCAGUCAAUUUUGAGUUAACUACACUCAUUUCAUUUAAUCAAGGUGACUGUUGGGUUUUACAUUGUAUUAAUCGAUUUGGUGUCAAAACCUUUUUAUUUAUUUGAUAUUCACACAUUGAUGCCCUUUUGACCACCAUCCUUUUUUUUUUUUAAACCUGUUUUUUAAAUGUGCUUUUUGCACAACAAAACUACAACAAAAUAUAUAAGAAAAAAAACAAUAACAAUAAUAAUAAUACAUAUAAAAUACAUAAAAACACCUAUGACAGAACACAGAGGGACAAAAGCUAAAUAUAAUUUAGCUGCUCAGGUAAUGCAUAGUUCUUAUAUUCCCAGAAAAAUGAAUUAUCCUGACUUUAGUUUUAUUGUGAAAUAAUAGUUUGGGCACAGUAUUAAAAACUUUAUGAAUAGUGAAUAUCAAUUACACUCAAUCUUUAUUUACUAUGUUAUUGACGGGGGCCACUGGUUAUGCUGGCUUUUCUUCCAAUGCAUUAAGGUGUUCUAAUAUCUAUUCCCAUAUUUUAUAAAAUAUCUUUAAUUUAUUGUUAUUGAUAUUUCUCAACGCCUCCAAAGCAAGCAUGUUUUGACCACCAAGUAUCUUAAAGCUUCUCUUAUGACAUUUACAUUGGAUGCUGUAUCUUUAUAAUGCAUGUAAACCACCUUGAUUUCAAAAUAACAUCAACUUGACUGAUUUUUGACGCAAUGUUAUAUGUCAGUUCGAUGUCAUUUUGACAUCAAGCUAGUGAAUUUACAUAAAAUUUAUUUGAAUUAUUAAGAUGUUUUGUUUUGAUGUACUUUUGACAUCAAGGUGCCCACUGGGUUCAUAACAGUAAAUCAGUACGUACUGUUUUUGAACACCCAAAUUGCAGUGUUUUUCCAUUAAUAGACAUCCAGAACUCGAAUAAUUCAUGCUCAAGUCAUUCCCAAGCUGACAUCUUCAUGUCCAAGAGGUACUGUUUUACAGAUGCACAAUAAUAUACUGAUACAGUUUAAUUCUCAGAUUUGUCUGACAGCCAGCCUUCUGUGCGCACAAUUUGACAACAACGAUAAAGACAAAUAAAUUUGUCUAGCACAGUUUUUAACAACCUUCGCUGAUCAAAGUGAUUUCCAGCAAGUAAACUAGCAAGGGAACUGAUAUCAACAAACAUGAAACCCUCACUCCUCCUCCUAACAGCAGAAUGCCUCUGAGAACAAAAAAGUCUUUAAUCUAGACUUAGAAAUAUUGAUGGAAUGUGCUUGUCUUAUUGAUGGUGGUAAGGCGUUCCAAAGCCUGGGGUCGCAAUACAGAAAGCACAAUCUAACCAACAUUUAUGUCUCAAUUAGGGAAAACCGUGAGUGAAGGGAUCUAGUAGGCUUAUGCCAGGUUAUUUAAACCCAUGUGAGGUCAAUUAUGGUCCAUCCCAAACAUUGGGUUCAAUUUCAAAUCAGUAGAGACAAAAAGGAGUCUUAGAGAUUAGAGAUUUAAAAACAAAACUUAAAAUGUUCAAGUCUGCAUGAAUCGGAAGUUGCUCUGACUUUUAUUUCAGUAUUUUCAUGUACUUCCAAACAGAAGUAAGAGUAGGUAAACAUUUAGUAGCGAACGGAGAAGGACCGCCACUCCAAACAUAAAAACAAAUGAUAAGACUUUGAAGAUUAUCAAAACAAACAAAAUCAAUCGAUUAGCUUGCACUGAUUAAUCGUUCACCUAGGUCGUUCAAGCAUAGGUCUCAAACUGGAUUCCUGAAGGAAAGCGCAGCUCUGCAUAGUUUUUCUCCAAAGCUAAUCAAACACGGCUGAUCCAAUUAAUCAAGAUGUUCAAGACUACUAGACUAUAGGCAGAUGUGAGUUGGAGGUGGAUGGAGCUAAACUAUGCAGAGUUGCGGCCCUCCGGGAAUUGAGUUUGAGACCAUUGACCUAAAGAAUAACAACAAGUGCUAGCAAAAUAAACAUUUUACAUUUUGAAAAACAUAAUAUGACCCUUUUAAUAACUUGGAAAUGUGACUGAUCUCAUCAUGUCAACCAGCUAUUGGAAAGGGGACAAAUAAUUUUGAAUAGAACCAAACACUUUAUUUUUUUUAAGUGGAUUUUGCAUCUAAUUUGGCUUGGCUCUUUAACUAUUUAAUUAAUGUAGCCGAUAUCAAACUGUUGCUUAAUUUGGCAACAAUUGAAUUGUAAAUUAAAUUUUAAAACAUAAACCUUAAGAUGACAAUGUGGGGCUGUGAACAAAUAAAUAAAAUAUUAGAAUUUGGUGGGAAAUAUGUACAAUUAUCUAGAUGGCAAAAUCCAUUGUGCACUAUUUUGAGACUAUGUGAAGCAUAAAGGUCCUUUCACAUCAUUAAAAUGAUAACUAUAAUUAUAAUAAUAGCUUAAAUCUGAUUGGCUGUCAGUGUUUUUAUUAUUCAUCAGCUCUUUCUUUUUGUAAUUGUUAUAGUUAUCGUAUUUGAUUUGAACAGACCCUUAACAACUACCGAAUCAGCACAUCUGGACCGAAACUGUGAAUUAUUUUGGUUACACUGAAAUGUUUAUUCAAAUAAAUGUCAUGUAUUUUCAUGUGGUCACGGCACUUUAAAGACACGUGUUUGAAAGCAACAGAAAAUAAUUCACAACAGCAAAAAAAUAAAUCCCAUUCUCUCCCAUACCUCCUAUAUAAAACAAACGAUAUAUUUACAGUAGUGUGUGUGUGUGAGUGUGUGAGCGUGUGUAUACUUCUGUGCUCAUGGUGAAGUAGAAUGACAAGCACAAUGACAUGAGCUCAGUACUUGAUCCAACAUAUCUAACCACGUCUUUUCAACUUUAGGGCCAAACUGCAUUGAAUUUGUCUUAGUCUUGUCAGCUGUAUAUCUUAAACUGUUCAAUUUGAAAUGGUAAAUAAAGUUUAUUUUAAAGAUC